AGCUAAUACAUAACGAACCAGAGCUAGCACAGAGUGACCAUGGAAAAGUUGCAUGGAAAGGUGAUGCCUUACAUACAAUUUUGGGGGAAGAAAAGCCUGGACAAGUGCAUGGCAUGGGUUUGCUUCCAGUGCCUAACCAAGUUUAUGGUCGGUUACCACGCUAUCUCAAGAACAUCAAUAUGACUACAACAAAUGGGUCAUCACAUGCCGGAGAGAGUGAUGUUAUGGAGGAAAUAGCAAAGCUCAAGCGGCGUAUAGAAGAGCAGGACCAACGCAUAGAAGAGCAAGACCAAAUUAUUGAAGGAUUUAGAAACCAGGAUGAAGCCAAUUUCCGCCAAGGCAAUGAUGAAUCUCAGCCGGAAGUACCACAAAAUAGAAGAAAGAGAGUUCAUGCUAGUGGACCUGAGCAAGUACGCUUGGUGAGCAGACCAAAAGAUACAAUAAAGCAUCAUCCUGACUGCCAGGGUAGCAAUGAAUUCUCAUAUCAAGGACAAUCAUCACCAACAACUCCUUUUUCUGAAGAACAGGAGGUAAAGAUUAUUCGCUGA